CAUAACCACUGUACCUGGACAUGGGAGACUCGGCAGACCACAUCACCGAAGCGGACAUCUGGCUCAGUCGAAGCAAUAUUGUGCAGGCCAGAAGCCAGCGGUUGCUGCAGUCAUGGCUACCCACUGCACAGAAUACCGCCAGCACUCCCGCGGAGGACAACGACGACCAGGACGACUUUGUCGCCAUGACCGAGAGCGCGGGUCUCGGGACAGCCCCAGCUGAGAGCGAAUUCGAGGUCGAUGGUAUAUUGAAGAAGAGACACGCAUCCUCCAAUGACAAGCUGCUCGAACAGCUCUUGGGCAAGAAAGCUGCUGCGGCGAAGAAGAAAGAGCAGGCGCUCGCACGGCAGACGAAGACCAACAUUGCGCUAGGCCGCGCUGCUCCAGUUCCCGCACCAGCCAAGGGCACUUCUGCAACGCCAUCCAGACCUGUCGACGACGACAGCGAGGAUGAAGACGAGCCAGGACGAGCUGCCACAUUCACGGGCAACAGAGUAACGAGAGACAACAAUCUGCCUGCAUAUGCUGCCACAGGCAGCAGCCGGAGAGGCGCAACACCCAUUGACGAAGAUGCUGAACCACCGGACCCAAGGGACGAUGCCGCAACUAUCGCCGCUAUGAAAAAUGGUACCAGUCAAGCACAUCAAGAACCGCCAGCAAGUGAAGAUGGUGGUCCGCCAAGGAAGAAGAAUAAAUCUACGAGCUACCUUGAUGAGCUACUAAGCAAGAAGAAGCAGAGAAAGAAGACGAAGAACAAGACGUUCACAGGAACGACGUGAGAGUGCUUGAAGGCGGCAACAGCCUGGUUGAUCUUUGCGAUCCCCUGCCAUUCUGUGAUUUUCAGACCUGCACCAACACUCUCGUCACGCGCUAUCUGCCUCUUGAACAUGUCGCGAUGUUGAGGUCGCACUAAACGCUGAACGAGCUUCGCGAACGCGCUCACAAGGCCUCAUUGCCGAAAAGAUAACCACUCUGCCAGAUCGAGAAGUCUCGUUUCAGGUGUAGUGCAUACGGUCAUUUCUCCGACUUCAGGUGUAUCGCAUAUGGACAUUUGUCCGACUUUGACCCGACUUUGACUGGAGGCUUUCAGCGAUUAGGCAGACGAUUGCACUCUGCCCAAAUGUCCGAACAUGUCCAAAGUCGACGUGAAUAUCAGUUGAAACUCAUCGAGGUACGCCAUUCCCCAAAGCAAACGGUUGUGCUACCGUGCUACACCAUCUUGGGUGGUAUAAGCAUGUUUACAGCACCGAUCUCUCUUGGCUUCUUGGCAGUACACUGCCGUGAUAGACUGCAACACGUUCAGUGUAGUACAACGUUGUAGAUCGUUCGAACCAGUAUGGCGGCUUUGAUACCAGCCUCACGUCGCGGGAACCCCUCGUUUCCAUGAGCAAGUCAAAUCUAGACUGUGAAGGCAUGGAGUAGUUGCAGUUAUGCAAUUACUGAAAUGAGAAUGCGAUUGAGAAGAAUAUCGCCUGCAAAUGGUCAGUAUAUAUGCCACGAGCAAAUCCAAGUAUUCAAGCAGACAUCAGUAGCCACUACACUCUUUUACACAAUCAGUAUCUCUGAAAACUCCACUGCACACACACGCACACAUACAGUCUCACAUUCACACCCUCAGCACUCUUACAAACAUGAAGUCCACAAUGACUCUCUGGCUGCUUGCUGCCAUCGCUCAUGGCACACCCAUCGCUCGCCGCCAAUUCGGUUCCUCAACUUCCAGCGAGCUUGAAGAUGGCUCCUGCGGCGACAUUAUCUUCAUCUUCGCCAGAGGCUCCACCGAGACUGGCAACAUGGGAAUCACCGUCGGACCCCCAACCUGCAGCGGUCUGAAAUCCGCCAACUCCAAGACCAUUUGCCAAGGUGUCGGAGGAGGCUAUACCGCUUCCAUCGCGGACAACGUCUCUGUUUCGGGAACUAGCGCAGCAGGUCUGAGGGAAGCAGCUGAAAUGUUCGCAUUGGCAGCCAGUCAAUGCCCAGAUGCCGCUAUUGUUGCAGGAGGUUACUCCCAAGGCGCCGCCCUCAUGGCCAGCGCCGUGUCCACCCUCGACGCUACUGCGCAAGCACAAGUCAAAGGCGUGGUUCUGUAUGGUUACACCAAGAAUGCCCAGAAUGAUGGGAAGAUCCCAAACUACCCACCGGAACAGACCAAAGUGUUUUGCAACGUUGACGAUGGAGUUUGCGGGGGUGCGCUGGCUGUCACCGCAGGCCAUUUGACCUACACGGCAGAUGUUGAUGCUGCUGUGGAGUUUUUGGAGGGGGCAGUCGCGAAAGGUGGUAGUGGCAGUGGCAGCGGAACUACCCCUAGCACCACGACUCCGGCAGCGCCUGCUACGAGCAGUGCAGCAGGCGGAUUGUUUGGUGGAAGUCCAUUUGGAGGAAGUUUUGGAUUUUAAGAGGAGGAAAAGUGUUAGUAGGAUGAUCGAGGGCGAUGAUGGCCCGUUU